CAAAUUACCAAAUUAUGAAUCCUAAUGCCAAGGCAUUCGACCCUUCGGCCAUGGGCUUGGGUCCAAAGGCCAUUCCGUCACAAGCAAAUCCAUCAAGUUCAAAGACGGAACACAAUGCACACCACCUACAACAACAACAAUACUCCGCGCCAGGGUACAAUUAUCUUGACACAGCACAGUCCUACGCCAGUAACGUAUCUUCGUUUCAACACGGUGCACACACUAGUCACCAUGCUGCACAACAUAUCCAGUACAAUGCGAACGCAAACCAACAGCCGGGCCAUACAGGAGGCAUGGUAACCUAUCCGAAGAAACCUCUGCAUACUUUUCUAACGCAUAACGGAAACAUAGUAUCUACAUACCCUGUGUCACGAACGCCUCGACAUUCGCGCAGAAUGUUCUCGAUGGAUGUUGAGUGUGUAGCUACUGGUACUGGACAUUCAGCCAGAAGUCCAUGCUCGGUGGUGGUAGUCAACUACGAUCUAGAGCGUGUGCUGACAUGUUAUAUUAAACCGGACACCCCUGUACUCAACUACUUAACCGAGAUCACUGGUGUGAAGGUAAGGAAU